AUGUCCCCGCCAUAUACACGAGUCGCAAACACUUACUACCCAUUGCUACAGGAAACUAUGGUCUGGGUCUCCAAUCAAUCUGGUCUUGACGCCAAUGUCUCCAUCACGAAGUUGUUGAACCCAGGAGGAUCGGCUGCCAACUACGUCGUACCCGCGAACCUACCUGACGCUUGGGCUCGUAACCGCUGGGGUCGGUCAAAAGGCCCAGAAACCGCGACCGUCACCCUCAAUGGAAGGUCCUAUAAUUUGACGGUGCAGCCAAUGGAUUACGUUAUUAUACAUACGGACGCCUUGAUCGUGCUGCCAUCGACCGCGGUGAGGAGCAAUCAAUAUAUCCUUCCUGGCCUUUUGCUGAAGAAUGUUCGUUCACAGCAAGUACACUUCUGA